AAAGAGUUAAAAAAAGUUUUUUGAAUAUUUAUUUUUUACUAGUGUCACUGUUAUGUACCAUACGUUGCUAUGCUGGUAAUUUUUAUAGGUGACAUUUUGAGUUUUUCAUUUCACAUGCUUUAAAAUUCUUCACUACUGAACUCAAGUAUCAAGUAGUCAAGUAUCAAAACAACAAGCAUUGUUGUUUGAUGCUGAAACGGUAUAAACUAAGAUUUUAUUAUUAUUAUUGUUUAUAUUUGAUAUGAAGAACUUGUACACGUUCUUAUACCCAACUACAGAAAAAAAACAGCCAGCGGUGAUCAGUAAUUCACAGACAGUUUCUAUCAAAUCAAAUCACUUUUUAUCUUCGGCCUGUUGUUCCCGGGAAAAGAUUCCACCAAAGGCUGGGCUGCACGACAUGCGACGUCAUUUCCGUCCACGAACCAAUCAGCAUCUAGGAUGGUAAACCCUCAACCAAUCAGAACAGCGGCGGGAAACAGCUGCUGUGUGAGAAGGCGCUUUGGCGCAACUACUGUUUCAGUCUUGCACUGGAAGAGAAAGAGACAAGGAAUCUAUCAAGGAGCUUACUUUUUGAGAUUAUUUUGAAGAGAUUUCGGAGCAAUACAAUAGUUUAAUUUCGUAUUCAAACGCAGGAACAGCUGUCAAAAAUGCCGAGCACUCGCUCUCAGGGCCGCCCUCAGACCACACUUCAGUUCCCCCGUCGCAAAUCCUGCAGGGUUGUCACGAAUGUCAAAAAUCUUCACCCCAGCAGGACUGAGAACUCCUCGCCCCCUGAGGUCGAGCCACUGUUGCCUGACUCUGCUCUGCUGCGUGCCAGACCACUGUCCCCACGACGGCCCAGUGACCAGCUCUCUGUCCCACUAUUGCCCAGGCGAGCUCCCCCAUCAUCUCCCCGGGCUGAGCCACGUCUUCCUCUCAGCCCCCGUAAACGCACAGGCGAUGAGAACGGCUGUAACCUUGGCACUCUGCUGGGGUCGCCACCCAAACAGAGCAAACAGGCGCUGGGCUCGCCGCGUAAACUCCACUUUGAUGAAAACUCACCUGCCUUGGCUUGUCGUCAGCUCGUCCCAUCCUCGCCACGACACCCGGCUUCGUCCCCGAGGAGACAGGAGACCCCUGCUGCAAGUCCUGCUCGACAGGACAAGACGCCUCCAGUGGUUCAACUGUUCCCUGAGAAGUCCAGGUUCCAGAGUGUGAAGCAGUCGCUCCACACCGCUGUCCCUGAGCGUCUUCUGUCCAGAGAAGUUGAGAGGAAGUCCAUCCGCGCCUUCCUGGAAGAGAAGGUGCUGCAGCGUCAGGCUGGCAGUCUCUACAUCUCUGGAGCUCCAGGGACGGGAAAGACGGCGUGUCUCAACUGUGUCCUGCAGGAGAUGAAGGCUCAGAUGUCGUCAGUGCAGACUGUGAUGGUGAACUGUAUGAGUCUGAGAAGCUCCAACGCCAUCUUCCCACUGCUGGCCAACAAGCUGAGAACAUCAGGUGGACAGAAAGGCCUACAGAAGUUCCUGAUGGCAUCUGGGCCCAGUGUGCUGCUGGUUCUAGACGAGAUGGACCAGCUGGACAGUAAAGCUCAGGACGUUCUCUACACCAUCUUUGAAUGGCCCCACCUGCCCCAGUCUCGCCUCUGCCUCAUUGGUAUUGCUAACGCACUCGACUUGACCGACCGUAUCCUGCCCAGGCUCCAGGCUCAGCCCGGUUGUCGCCCACAGCUGCUGAACUUCCCCCCGUACAGCCGCGAGGAGCUGGCGGCCAUCGUACAGGACCGACUCACACAGGCUGCUGCCCAGGAGAUCCUGGAGGCCUCGGCCGUUCAGUUCUGUGCCAGGAAGGUGUCUGCCGUGUCCGGAGACGCCCGCAAAGCUCUGGACAUCUGCAGGAGAGCAGUUGAGAUGGUGGAGUCGGACCAGAGGAAGAAGAAAACGGAAGCAGACUCAAAGACACAAACCGGACGGGUCAGUCUCCCCCAGGUGGCACGGGUCCUGUCGGAGGUGUACGGCGACAGGAUGUCGUCUCAGAGCAGCAGCUCAGACGGAGAGAGUUUCCCUCUGCAGCAGAAGCUGCUGGUCUGCUGCCUCCUGCUGCUCAGCCGCAGUGGGAAGAGCAAAGAAGUUGUCCUGGGGAAGCUACAUGAGGUCUACAGUCGACUCUGUGCCCAGAGGCAGGUGUCUGCGGUGGGUCAAGGUGAGUGUUUGUCGCUCUGCUCUCUGCUGGAGAGUCGAGGGAUCUUCGCGCUGAAGAAAUCCAAAGAAUCUCGACUAACCAAGGUUUUCCUAAAGAUUGAGGAGAAAGACGUGGAAAACGCUUUAAAGGAUCGGACUUUGCUGGGCAGCAUCCUGGCUGCUGGAUUGCCCUCCUGAAUUUACGCUUUUUUUUUUUUUUUUACCUUUACUUUUUUGUUUUAAAUUAGAAUUUUAUUUAAAUUUUUAAAAAACAUAUUUUAUUUUUUAUCUCAUUUUUGCUGAGAGUCUGUACAUGUCUGUAAAUGCCUUUACUUCUAUU